AUGAGAGGCAGCAGCAAUACAUGUUACAGAGUAUGUUCAAAGUAGAUUUAUUUAAAGCCCGUGAGAAUUGCUCCUCAAUGCCAAAAAUAGAAUUUCAAGACGACUAUAAAUCUACAAAUCAGAAGUUGGAGGAGAAAGGAAGAGUAUGUGUGACCGGUGCAGGAGGGUACUUGGCAUCAUGGGUUGUGAAGCUUCUCCUUUCAAAAGGUUACAAGGUCCAUGGAACUGUUAGAGACCCUGAUGACAUUAAGAACAUGCAUCUGAAGAAAUUGGAGAAUGCUUCAGAAGGUUUGCAACUCUUCAAGGCAGACUUGCUGGAUACUGUAAGUCUCUCUGAUGCCAUUUCCGGGUGUGCUGGUGUUUUCCAUGUUGCCAGCCCUGUACCUCCAUCUCUUAUUGUAGAGAAUUAUGAGGUGGAACUAAUGCAACCAGCUGUGAUUGGCACACUAAAUGUACUGGACGCAUGUUUAAAGUCAAAAAUCAAGAAGAUUGUUGUUGUGUCAUCUUUGGGUGCCAUUUUUCUAAAUCCAAACUGGCCACGUGAUAGAGUCAUGGAUGAAGAAUGUUGGUCUGAUCUGGAAUUUUGCAAAGCAACUAAGAAUUGGUAUUGCAUGUCCAAAACAUUAGCAGAAAGUGAAGCUUGGGAGUAUGCAAGGACAAGCAAACUCAACAUAGUAACAAUUUGCCCAUCCAUUGUCCUCGGACCAAUGCUGCAACCUACUCUGAACACUAGUAGCUUAUACUUACUCAAGUUCUUGAAAGAUGGAAUGGAAGCAGCAGACAGUGGAUUUCGUCAUUUUGUAGAUGUUCGUGAUACAGCUGAAGCAGUAUUGAUUAUAUACGAGAAGGCGGAAGCAGAAGGAAGAUAUGUAUGUUCAUCUCAUGGUAUUAAGACACAGGAUUUGGUGUUAAAGUUGAAAAGCAUGUAUCCUUAUUGCAACUACCCAAAAAGUUUCCGUGAGGAGGUGCCAGAGGUCAAGCUGAGUUCAGAGAAACUGCAGAAAUUGGGUUGGAGUUAUUGGCCAUUAGAAGAAACCCUCGUUGAUUCUAUCAAAAACUAUGAAGAGAUUGGUGCCUCGACCUUGAAGUACAAAAACUAGCUGUAAAGCAAAGAGAAACAUCAGUCAUUAUUAUCAUGUUUUCUGGGGGCCACAUUUCCAAAUAGAAAUCUUCUUUAUAUGUCAACAAUCUAGAAGCAAAAAUCAAAAUGCAUACAUGUU